UUGGGCCCAAUCUAGUCACACUUCUCCAACUUGUUGAUAAACUCAGUGUGACACAUGAGGUUUUUAACCUCAAGUGAAAAUAGUGAUUGUCAUCUUUGCCCUGAGAUUGAAUACUGCACAUCAUCAACAAUUUAUCACAAUGUUGAUGACAUACGCAAUGCGACCACCUGAGCCUGAAGAAAGCCCCAAAGAUCCUCUAAAUGAAUUUCCUGAUCAACCAUCUUCUUCUGCUAGUCAUUCGCCCAUAUCCUCGGAUGAGAGUCCCGUGGAUUUCAGCUCAAGUUUGUUGCCCCCCAAUCACAUAGAAAAAGUCAUUCACGUGCCCACGAGGAAAGUGGGCUAUUUGAUCGGCUAUCAAGGGCGAACCAUUCUGGGCUUUGAGCGGGACACUGGCGCCAAGAUCAACAUCUUGGCGCCCAAUUCAAGGGAUUCCGAGACCCCCGUUUCCCUGACUGGACCGGCCGAUAGUGUUCGGCAUGUAAUUAGAAUGAUCACCGAUUUGUAUGGAUGCAAUAACUACUCUUCUCAACUUUGGGCGCCUCGUUUGACCUCGAAUGGCUGCAAAUGGAACGAAAUCAUCGCCACGGAAGAGAUCCGAGUGGAAGCUAUCAUUGCCGGUCUCUUAAUCGGAACUAGAGGGGAUCUGAUCGCCAACAUUGAACUCAAAACCGGGGCCAAGAUCACUUUCCAUCAAGAUCAAGAAGAUGGCUCUGGAGCUCCGAUUAAUGUGACAGGCUCUCUGAGAAGCAAUAUUCAUGCCCUGGACUUGCUUAGGACCAAGAUAUCGGAAUUCGAAACUCUUCUCCAAUCUGGAGCCAUAGACCUCAAGAGUGUGCACGUGCAUCUUCUUCAGAAACGCAAGGUUUGGACGGUGGAGAAGAUCCGAGAAAGUGGAAUGAAUUCGUCGGUUCGGCGCCGAGUCUUUUGUUGAUCAAUCAGAGGAUUGCUUUAUGAGAUGGCAAAUUCAUGGAAUCCAUCUAGUUAAUUUAGUGGAACCAUCCAAUUCGAGAAGCAAUCCCGCUUGUCAUAUUGUCAAAUUACUUUCAUAUACCGUACUUGUGGUUAUCGUAAUACAAGAAUGUACUUUUA